AUGACUAAUCAGAAAAAGUUUGACGAGAAGGGGGUGGAUUACAUCCUUGGUGACUCAGAAAUAGUAAGCCUAUCCUCCCGGGUGUCCGAUGGUGAUGAUGAGGAUCACUUCUUCAUCGACCACGAUCAGGUCAACAAAAACGAUGUCCACGGCAGCAAUAGUGCAGGGGUUAUCGAACUUGAACCGUUAAGUCAACCAUUAAAUGGAAGGCGCUGUCGAGCCGAGACUCAUGAAGAUGUCGGCAUUGAUACCGAUAACGAACACAACCGAGGCAAAUAUGGUGGCGUAGAUCAUUCUGAAGAUCAGCCAAAGAAAAAUGGAACCAGAAUCUUCUUAGCUGUAAAAACUACUCAUUUCCUCUUUGGUGGUGGACAGUUAUUUGGUAUCUUCUAUCGUCAGCAUCUUAAUAUGACAACCGGGAUUCCUACUUGUAAAUCCCAGAACGCAACGUACUCGGAAUUCAAGGAGUUUGUGGAUGAAAAUGCUUGCAAGUCCUCAAAUAUCAAGAUUCUAAAUACAUCGACUGCUGCAGCGUUUCUGGAGGAUAUCCUUGAAUGUUCAUUCACUGGUCUUGCAACAGAUACAGAUUCUGAUCGCGAGAAUAGGGGAGAUGAGAACGUGGAUGGUGGUGCUCCAGACGAUACAUACGAAUAUAAAGAAACAGGACAAAAUUUUCAGUACGGGCGCCAACGGAUGUUUGCAAGUAUAGCAUAUGGCGCUCUUGCACCUCUCUCAGGUAUCGCUGUCUCCGCAUAUACUGCUGCCCAUCCAAACGCAUUCAACGUCUAUCUUCCUGCAUUUGUUCUCUUUGUAACCCUAUUUGCACUCUGUACAGCAACUGUUUCUUUUAUCCCAAUCCGCGUUAAGCAACGAACCACGAAAUCUUUAGCCAUGGACGCGAAAGAUGUCCUUUUGAAACCAAAGGUGAUCGUUUUCUUUACCGUCAUGCUCUCAAUGGGAAUCAUGUUUGCGUUCUUCGAGACAUAUUUAUUUUUGUUUCUAGCAGAAAUAGAUGGAGAGGCAACUGUUAUGGGUUUGUGCUUGACAGUUUCUUGCUCAUCAGAGGUGGUCUUAAUGAUGUAUGCAUCAAAGAUCAGAGAAAAGAUUGGUCACCGAACUGUCCUUGGAAUUGCUCUCAUCGGCUUCUCAUUAAGGUCUGUCGGUUACUCCCUCCUGCAGAAUCCUUGGACCGUCCUACCAAUUGAACUUCUUCAUGGGAUUACCCAUGGGUCAAUGUGGCCGAAUGCAGUCUUCUUUAUCCAUCAAAGCUCCCCUCCCGAACUGGCGGCCACCAUGCAGUCACUCACGUUCAGCACCUUCUUCGGUUUAGGAAAGGGAGUCGGAAUCAUUCUUGGCGGAGUCAUCUACGACAACUUUGGAGCCAGGAAUCUGUUUAGGGGAUCUGCCAUUUUGUCUUUCGUGACACUCGUCUUGUAUUGCGUCAUCGACAUCAUCCUUGACAAACGAGAAAUAUCCCAUGACAAGCUGUGAAUAUUAACCUGACUUUUUAAAGGGACAACGAGUUAGGAGUCAAGUGGCAAUUUGUUUGUUAUAUUCAAAAUGUUUGUCUGACAUUCAAUCGUGGCUUGUUGAUAAUAGAUUGAAAUUAAAUU